UGAGAGGGAGCAAGAGGGCUCUGCUGUCUGGAUUUUAAGAAUUGCACUUACACUGUACAAGAGCAGCUCCUUCGAGCAAGGGAACGGAACUACUUGAGCACUGAAUGCAUACAAAGAAUCUGCGCAGGUGCGUUCAGUUCCUUGGACACCUGCUUGGCUUAUCCCUGUAUAUUGAGCGAUGUGAUCUUGCUCUCUGUCCAGAAUCUGUUGCAGCCUAGGAAUGUAAGAGUAGGCUGCACACUGUCAUCAGUUUUCAGAGGUCCUAUUUUACAAAGGAGUUUCGUAUACUUUGCCAUUUCACCAUCUCACUUCAACUUCUGAAGAACCCAUGUGGUCUUUGGUGCCAUGACAGACGGGCAUCUUCACCAGUACAUCCCUGUUGCCUAAACCCACCAAUUGGCAACAGACUGUGAUGGGAAGUUUGCCCAGCAGGAGGAAGCAGAUUCGUACCCCACCAAGCCCAGAGGACAGCCAAGACUUUGGCCUUGAUUCCAGGCAGUCAGGUGUGAACACCCCUAUAGCUGUUGCAGUGUGUAACUUCCCUUCUGGGCAUGCAGAGCCGAUACUGAGGAUGGGGGAGCAGCUGAAUUUGUUAUCAGAAGAUGGUGACUGGUGGAAAGUGGUGUCAGUAGCAACUGGCAAGGACUGCUACAUUCCCAGCAAUCAUGUCGCCAAAAUCUCUCACAGGUGGCUCUAUGAGGGCAUCAACCGAGAAAAAGCUGAGGAGCUGUUGCUGCUGCCUUCCAACCAUGAAGGUUCCUUUCUGAUAAGAGAACGCCAGAUGCGGAAAGGUUGCUACUCUUUGUCUGUCAGACACACAAACCAUGAAUCCUGGGAUUGCGUGAAACAUUAUCGCAUUAAUCGUCUGGAAAACAGCUGGCUUUACAUCUCCCCCCGCCUCACCUUCUCCAGUUUGCAGGAACUAGUGGAUUAUUAUUCUGAAAUUGGGGAAGGCUUAUGUUGCUGCCUAAAAGCACCCUGCUUCAUUGAAGGAUAUAAUUCAGGCUUGCAACACAGCCUUUCAAAACCAAUCGUAGUGAAGAAGCCAGCCUUCAAUUGGCAGGAGAUCAACAGCUCAGACCUGUUAGACAAUCAACUACCAGAGGACUCUCCCAUCAGCCUGGGCCUGAGGGAAGCUAUCAGUUCUUACCUGUUAAUAACUGAAGACCUACCUUCAGAGGAUACAUUCAGCAAAAAAGAAAGGCGACGUAAUGACACUUGAGGCCACUGUCGAGAAGCAUUUCUGCAACAGGGUGCUUGAAAGAACUACAAAAGACUUAUUUAUACCAUUUCUACAAAGGCAUAUACCAGAAACAACUAACAUUUAGAUCUUAUGCCCAAUGGAUGUCCUUCAAUCCAACCAGUAGUCUCAGUAUAUUUGCUCACCUCAAUUCAAUGAAUUACACUAGAAAUCUCUGAUUCUAUUUGAAUACAUUUGGUUGUAUAUUUAUGUAUGAUGUUCAAAAAGAGGUGAUGAACAUAUUAGGUGAUGCACACUCACAAUAAAAACAAUGGGGCAUAAGCUGUUUAAAUAUUUAAUGCUGUGGGAUGGAAUCUGCUUUGUUAAAAUGUGAACCCACUACUGCUUGCCUUGCUCUGCUGUUCCCUCUUCAUGAUAACGGAAUGGAUAUUCUUAAAAUAUUUCAAAAGGUAGAAUAACCUCUCUUUACAGGCUGGUUUGCACACUACAUUUGUUAUGCAGAAGGUCCUUGAAACUGUACAUCAGUCAUCACUAGGAUUGAUGCAGAUGCAGAUUUGUUCAUUGCAGAAUAGGUCCUAUCACAUGGUCUCUCUCACUAACAGACAUUGACAAUAGUGGCUUGGAACCCAGCUAAUGGAGUGGGUUCUGAAUGGUGGCAAAUUGUCUUGUCUUGUGUGAUAGUCUAUACAAUGUGUUCCUAUGCCAGGGAAUAUUGAAUACUGUCCAAUGAAACUUGCUUACAUUUCUCAUUUCUAUCCUACAUGACUUCUAAGGCACUCAAGAUGGAAUAUGGGGGGAGGGUUAUCCCGCUUUCUUUACAACCCCCUUCUAAGAGUGGUUAGGUAGAGACUGUCUUUCCAAAGCCCUCUAGGGAGCUUUAUGGCUUAGCAGAGAUUGCCUGCUUGCCUCAAUAGCCAUUCUAGUAUAUAUGCUCAGAUUCUCAAAAGUGAUCAACUUGAGCUCUUUCCUUGGCAUUGGUUAAAUUCUUGCUUAUGCACUGAGGAUCAUAAAAAGACCCCAUGUACUCACACCAUGGUUUUUAGGCCUCAAGGAAACAAAAUUAGCAUAGCUAUUUAGGGAUUACAGUGCAAAAAGUAGCAUCACUGGAAUAUUUAAUGUAUGUGCUUCCUCAGACAGAGGGGGUCAGGCUACAAAAGUUAGUUGACUUUGAAUCUUGAUUUUGUAUAAUCGCCUAAACUCUCUUGUGUUCACAAUUCAAACCAAGUUUACCAGUAUUUAAUCAAAUUUAAAUACAUGUUAAGUUUCUCAAUAUUUCAAAGCCAAAGUAUUUGAAGAUACUAACAUUCUGUUAAAUGUGUGCAUCUAGAGAUAAACAUGCAUUGUGGGUACAGAGGCAAUGUGUAUUCAUUUUUAGCAACACUUCAUGGUUGCACUCAGCAGAGGUUGACACUUGUAUCUAACAUUGUUUCGAUACUUAACUUUUUGUGCUGCAGCAUUCCAUGGUGGGAUGCCCGUUCUUUGAGGGGAAGGAGACUUGUGUGCUUGGAAAAGACACACAAAGAAGCUUCUCAGCCAUGGAGAACUACAAUGCAUUUACUAUAGUGGAGAAUAAACUCACAUUUUGAGAUGGGAGAGUAUGUACAAUUACAAGUGCUGAGCAAAGACUUUUUAUGCUAAUUAUUUUUUUAAAAAAUUAAACAGUAGAACAACA